GCGAACUCACCUCCUGCCUCCUCAGCUCCAUGUGACGCAGCAGCGGCGAGGACCCGACGGGCGACCAAGGUGGCGGAAGACAUCUGUACGAGAGGAGAAGGCAAAAGGCCGAGAAACCAGUCCACACACAGAGGAACGCUCCACUUUAAAGGUCACAGCUACCUGUUCUCCAGGAGGUGAAGUGGUCAUCACAGAGGCCACUCAAGCCAUAACCAAUCGAAUCGAAACCAAUCUUGGUUGAACUUCUCAUAAGGAGUUCUGAGCUCGUCACCCAGGACCUGUCGGCCAUGGGGGGCCCUACCAGGGGCAGAAGCCCCCGACAGCCCUGGAACUGUAAACAAUCAAUUAAGCGACGGUUGGCUCAGUCGGCUGGACGUUGGGCUGCCACAAACUAGGCUCCCUGGGCCUUUGGGUAAAAGCGCUGCAGCCUCUUUAGCACCGAACCCGGCCGGCUCCAUCAUGCUGCUUCCAGCUCUGACGCUGCUUCUCUGCUUGGCUCAGCAAACUCUGCAGGGCGGAGUGAAGCCUCAAAGUGUGGCUUACGGGAGAGCCCUGGCAGCUCGAGGUGUCGGCAUUGGAGUGAAACCUGGAAUGACUGGAGGACUCGGAGCACUCGGAGCACUCGGAGCACUCGGCAACAGAUAUGGAACCAAAGCAAUGAAGACGGGAAUUGGGCGCUACCCUGCAGCUCACCUUGGUGCAGGAGGAUACAGGAAUCUUGGGUUAGGAGGAAGAGGCGGGAUAAAGCCAGGUGCAUAUGGAGGAUAUGGAGCCCAGGGAGCCUACGGAGCCAGUCUGGGAACAGGAAUGGGUCUGGCACCUGGAUUUGCUAACGGAUUGGGAUUAGGUUUGGGUCAGGGAGGGAAACGCGGAUAUGGCGCCGGCAUGGGCGCUCUUCCAGGAUAUGGAGGUUUCGGAGGAGUCGGUUAUCCUGUAACUCGUCCAGGUGUGGCGGCAGCAGAAAAUGGGGGACCCGGUGUGGCCGGUCUGGGCCAAGCUGCUCCAGAUCUUAAGAGAGAAAAGAGCACAGCUCUAGGAAACCAGUUCAACAGAAAAACUGGACCCGAAAUGCCCGACAUGAGGAGGACCGGUGUUCUCGGUCCCAAUCCUCCCGAGUCACAUGCAGGAGUCGAGGUCAAAAGCCUCGAUCCGCUCUUUCACUCUUCAGAUCUUAGACCUGCAGCUCCGCUUGACAGACAGCUGGGAGUGCUGGGUCUAGACGUUUCGGGGGCUCAGGGGGUAGGGCCCCAUGGGGCUUUUGUCCCUCGGAGAAAGGGGACGUUAGGUCCUGAAGCCACUCCAGCUCCAGGAGGCAGAAGAGGGCACCUCCCUGUUAGCAAAGACGACAUCAGAACUCUGGGUUCUGCCUAUUCACGGUUACACAAAGACUUUGAUCCAUCCACCCAGCAAAUCCCAAAAGCUAAAAACUGCGGAUCGCCUUUGUCCGAAGUGUUGGAGCAAAGGGAGAGAACUUAUCGACCUCUAGCGAAAGACCCCAGAAGCGAUGUCUUCUCCGUUCAGGGAAGCAGAGACUAUCUUCCGUCUCUGGCAGACAGGCAGGACGCCAAAGGACCGCUGGCGAAACACAAAAACAGUCCGACUGACACUCGAGGUUUGGACUUGGCUUUAGCUGGAAAAGAGCAUGAAGCUCACGGCUUUACUGGCGAGGAGGCGAGGCCGCUUUCUCAAGCUGAGAGGAUAGAAAGAAAACCAAAAGCUCUCCCUAUCCCGGGACAGGCUGAGAGGAGAACACAGGCAGCAAGUUAUCUGGGUGCAGCAGGAAGCUACCUGGGAGCCGGUCUGGGUGCUGGAGGCUACGGAGCAGGUUUGGGGCAGGGAGCUUACCUGGGAGGGGCAGCCGGAAAACUGGGAGGUUAUGGUGACGGGGUGAACGGAUACCUCGGCGCUGUGGCAGGAAACGGCUUUGGUGGAGAUGUUGGAAAGACUUUGUCUGCAGGUUACGGGAAUGGAUACGGAAACGGUUAUGGAGCUGGGCUUGAUUACCCUGCAGAGUUAGCUGAUGGUGCUGAGUACAAAACAGGGAAGAGCAAAGCGCUGGGCGCAGGAGGUUAUGCUGCUCCGGUUCAGGGAGCGUUUGGAGCUCUCGGUGCCGGACUGGAAUCAGCUGGUGGAAAAUACGCAGGAGGAGCAGCUGCUCAGGCUCCGUAUGGAAAUACUCCGCUGAUUCCUGCGGCGCUGGAGGGUGACGCAGGCUACCCGUACGCCGCUCAGCAGCUCGGCCUCGCCGCUGAAGGGACCAAAACCGCCAGCAAAUAUGGAGCUACUGAAGGAUUUGGAGCUCAGCAAGCAGGUUUUGGUGUGCAGCUCGGAGCAGCUCAAGAGGCCUUGGGGCAGCAGCAGAGCAAAUAUGGAGGAGUGAACGGCGGGCUGGGGAACGGUUACAAAGGCUGAACUCCAAGACCUCCAACAGUGAUGCUUUUUAACUGUUCAUGUGUGUUUUAGUUUAGUUUGUCUUUGUCUUUUUAGCUUUUAUUUCUUUGUACGUUGAUGUUUGACUCUCAUUUUUAUUGUUUGCUAAAGAAAAAGGUUGAAAUGGAAUCCUUUUGUGCCCCGCCGGCUCAUUUCUGUCCUCUUCUGUCAGAGCUGGUGGUGAUUUUUGAACAGAAGGGCAGAAAGUCUGUGUUUUUAAAAAGAUUGUUGUUGUCAUUUUUCUGUUUUGAACCAAUAAAUGAAACGACAAAAUGA